GUCUUCCACAUCCAUAGAGGGAGCUUCCCAUCUGCCAGGCAGCCCCUUCCUGUGAGCAGCAGCAGCAGGGAUUGCCUUGUGUGGUGUAGCAGUGUGUGUACAGCAGGAUCCAGCGCCCAGGCUGUGACUAGCACCAUACUGCUGCCCGGCGCACCGGCUUCCCUCCCAGCGCUACCCCCGGCCAGAAGCGACCCACGACCGGCCUCGCACUGACGUGACGGCGCUGUGAGCAGCGCGGAUGUGUAAAUGGAUUCCAGGCCCGGAUACCAUCGGGGACUAGGAGGAGGCGGUGGGAGCAGCAACAACAUCUCCUUCGGGGGGUCGGCCUCUAACUCCCCGGCGCUGGCUGGAGCUCAGGGCCGCAGGCGGAAGCAGCCCCCGAGGCCGGCAGACUUUAAGCUGCAGGUUAUUAUCAUCGGCUCCCGGGGAGUGGGCAAGACCAGCCUGAUGGAGAGGUUCACGGACGACACUUUCUGCGAGGCGUGCAAGUCCACCGUGGGUGUGGAUUUUAAAAUCAAAACUGUAGAGUUAAGGGGAAAGAAAAUUAGGUUACAAAUUUGGGACACAGCCGGCCAGGAGCGAUUCAACAGUAUUACUUCAGCCUAUUACAGAAGUGCUAAGGGCAUCAUAUUAGUGUAUGAUCUCACCAAGAAAGAGACAUUUGAAGAUUUACCCAAGUGGAUGAAGAUGAUUGAUAAGUACGCAUCUGAAGAUGCAGAACUGCUUCUAGUUGGAAAUAAGUUGGACUGUGAAGUCGACAGGGAAAUUACUCGGCAACAGGGAGAAAAGUUUGCACAACAGAUAACCGGGAUGCGGUUUUGUGAAGCAAGUGCCAAGGACAACUUUAAUGUAGAUGAAAUCUUUUUGAAACUGGUUGAUGAUAUAUUAAAGAAGAUGCCUUUGGAUAUAAUACGGAAUGAGUUAUCCAACAGCAUCCUGUCUCUUCAGCCAGAGCCAGAAUUUCCACCAGAGCUGCCUCCUCCUCGACCUCCUGUCCGUUGUUGUUGAUUCUGUUCUGUACUCCUAACACAGCAAAACAGUGACACGUCGUACCUGUGUCCUGUAAUACAAUCAUCAGAAAGGUCCCAUUUUGCACUUCUUCCUCAGAAAAUACAUUUAAUUAUACAAGCAGCAAGGGAGGGAUAGGUUUGUGUUUGGAAGUCUUUUUCUCCAUGUAGAGUUUGCACACUAAUGUCGAUGGACUCUGGAUUGAAAGGAUUGGCCCAUGUUCUAAGCGCUGUACUGCAGUGGUUCCUGCAAAGCACUUUAUUUCAGGCUCCACCAGUUGUGUAGGAUUUAGUGUUGAAAUCGUGGCAUUUUCUGUUUGGCUAUUUCAUCAAGCAUCAAUUUGCUCAAUUCAUUUUUUAUUUUAUUCUUUUUAAUUUUUUUGUUAUAUUGUUGUAUCUAGACAUAUAUAUGGUGCUUUGCUGAUUGUAUUAUAACUCCAAAAUAUUUAAGUAUUUAAGGUCGCCAAGAAAAAUGCUUCCAUAUACAGCAUUAUAUUUAGUUUAUUAUACAGAGCAAUUUUCAUUUUUAAUCUGUAGCAUUAGAUGUUUACUGGACUUGCCAUGAGUAUUAAUGUUAGUUCCAGUAGUUUAUUUUAUUUUAAGUAUUUAUUAACAUUUCAGUAGAUGAAGAACAUUUGUGUUCCAUUUUUUUGUUUGUUUUUCUCUCAGAACUGCCAGUUUUCCCCCCUCUUCUCUGAUGCUCCUUGCACAGGAUCCUUUUGUGCGGUUGGUAUUAAGGCACACUGACAAGCAUAACAGUAUGUGAUUCAUGAACUCUGUUGAGAUGUGAUUACACACACCGUUUAUUGGGCUUACUGGGAAAUAAUACCUGAAAAGGCUGCUAGCAAUGCGUAUGCAGCACCACUCUUCCAUUUGGGUCCACAAGAGGACUGAAAAUAAUGUCUGUUUUUCUAUUCACUUACUAAUCUGUGCAUAUAACCUUGCCACUUUUUAUGGGAGGGUGGAAUUUUUUGGGGGGUAUUUUUUUUUUAGUGGGAAGGUAUGACCUACACCUAAAUGGCACAUACUGGUUUUCUAAUAAUGAUGGUUUUGUGACUUACGUAUUUGAUAUAUCUCUAUUCAAAUGCACUGUAUUUUUCAUUGUGGGGAAAACAGUGACAGGUAUGCAUUGAAUAAAUGUGUGUCCUUGUGUUAUUUGAAACAACAUAGUAUUUCUAACUAAUGAAGUGAAAAUAAACUUUUUUUAUUUAUGAA